GGUAAAAAAAAAAUGGCGCUGCCUUUAAGCCGUGGCUGCGCGUGGGGCGGUGGGCGCGUGUUGGCGGGAGGAGCUUUGAGCGCGUGCGGCGUUCUCAACGGUCACCGGGGCCACCCGACCGAGCUGCUGGUGGCCGGACGCGGUGGGUGGCAGGGGCGCGCCCUUGUCAAGGAGCUGCAUUUAUAUAGAAGACUCCAUUUAAACACAGUUUACAAGAAGCCAAAUUCUUUAUGGAGAAUUCCAUCCAGACUUGUAUAUACCUCAAGGUGUAAAUGCUGCUGUAACCAGGUGCAGAGUGACAAACAAUAUAAAGACCCUUACACACUGGCUCAGAAAGAUUUGAAGAAUCUGUAUGAUGAAAUCAAACAGCAAUUAGCAGUCUCUUCAGAUCUGAAAGAAAUCUGUGAUUACUAUUUUGAUGGAAAAGGGAAGGCUUUUCGACCCAUGAUUGUGAUAUUAAUGGGAAAAGCAUGUAAUCUCCAUCAUAGCAAGAGCAGGGAAUUGUUGAAAAGCCAGCAUUCUGUAAGUAUGAUUGUGGAGAUGAUCCACACUGCCAGCCUGGUGCAUGAUGAUGUUAUUGAUGGAUCAGAAACUCGACGGGGUAAAAUUACUGUAAAUAAAAUCUGGGGAGAGAGAAAUGCAAUUUUGGCUGGAGACUUUGUUCUCUCUGCAGCCUUGGCUCUUGCCCGCCUUGGUAACAACACUGUAGUAUCCAUUUUUACUCAAGCAAUUGAAGAUUUGGUUCGAGGGGAAUUUAUGCAGCUGGGUUCUAAAGAAAAUGAGAAUGAGAGAUUUGUACAUUACCUUGAGAAAACAUUUAAGAAGACUGCAAGUCUGAUAGCAAACAGUUGUAAAGCAGUAUCUAUACUUGGUAACUGUGAUCCAGAAGUCCAGGAAAUUGCAUACCAAUAUGGGAGAAAUCUUGGGAUAGCUUUUCAGUUGGUAGAUGAUGUGCUGGAUUUUACCUCAUCUGCUAAUCAAUUGGGAAAACCUACUGCUGCUGAUCUAAAGCUUGGAUUGGCAACUGGUCCAGUGUUGUUUGCUUGCCAGCAGUUUCCAGAAUUGCAGGCUCUGAUAAUGAGGCGCUUCAGUUCAGAUGGGGAUGUGGAUCUGGCUUGGGAAUAUGUACAACAGAGUGAUGGUGUUCAGCAAACUUGCUACCUCGCACAUCAAUACUGUCAAGAAGCUAUUCGACAGAUCUCCAUGUUGUGUCCUUCACCAGAGCGAGAUGCCUUGAUUCAACUUACAGACAUUGUAUUAACUCGGCACAAAUGAGAGUA